UAAUUUGAAUGAUAGUGUCCUCGUUCGCUUGUGUAAGACGCGUAGCGGUAAAGACGUCAAUAUAAACCUCAGACAAAUUUAAAUAAGGUUUUAAUUUAGAUGGUGUUUGCGACCCGGUUCCUUUUUGUUUUGUGACGGUGAUUCAAAACAUUGAUUGCAAAACAGAUUUUAAUUAUCUACCCCAUGGCUACCAUUUGCUAAUUUCAGUAAAUUCGCAAAAAAAAAAUUAUCGUCACAGAGCAAGAUGGAGAAAGUGAUAUACGCUGCAACUUUGACAAUGGCGACCCUCUGUUUGGUGGGUGCCGGCUGCCCAGCCGUGUGCGAUUGCCCCGUGGGCCCCCCCGUCUGUCCCCCCGGCGUGAGCGCCGUGCCGGACGGCUGCGGAUGCUGCAAGGUGUGCGCCGCCCAGCUGAACCAGGACUGCAGCCCCACGCGGCCCUGCGACCACCACAAGGGCCUGGAGUGCAACUACGGCAACGACGUCACCCGCACGUGGGGCAUUUGCAGGGCGAGGCUGGAGGGCCGCACCUGUGAGUACAACGGCCGGAUCUACCAGAACGGGGAGAGUUUCCGCGCCGGCUGUAAGCACCAGUGCACCUGCAUCGACGGGGCCGUGGGCUGCGCCCCGCUCUGCCCCAGCCAGGUGCCCCUGGCCUCGCCCUCCUGCCCCACCCCGCGCCUCGUCAAAGUGCCGGGGCAGUGCUGUCUCAGCGUGGACUGCAGCAAGGGGGCGCUAGCUCCACGCCCCCCACACCAACGCCCGCACCCACACCCAUUCCCCUACCCGUACCCGUACAAGCCAGACAACUCCCUGGACAACGAGCUGCUGGAGGUGGGAAAGAAGUGGAAUAAGCAGCGCGGAUACAAACAUCUGGCAGCGUGGAGGCAGGUGCCGGGCCAGUGCGUCAUCCAGACCACAAACUGGUCCCAGUGCUCUCGCAGCUGCGGCAUGGGCGUGUCGUCCCGCGUCACCAACGACAACGGCCAGUGCAAGCUGGUGAAGGAGACUCGACUGUGCAACAUUCGGCCCUGCAGCUCCGUGUCUGUCCCAGUCAAGAAAGGGAAGAAGUGCACGCGCACCCACAAGGCCCCGGAGCCCCUGCGCCUGUCCUACUCCGGCUGCCGCAGCGCCCGCCUCUACCAGCCCAACUACUGCGGGGUGUGCGUGGACGGGCGCUGCUGCUCGCCCCGCCGCUCGCGCACCGCCUCCGUGCUCUUCGUGUGCCCCGACGGCGAGCACUUCGAAAAGGCCGUCAUGUUCGUGCAGUCCUGCAAGUGCAGCGUCGAGUGCGGCCACCUGAACGAGGUGGCCCUCACCCCGCAGCACUGGCUCUACGGAGACACGCACAAGUUCAUCGACUAGCGCGCGCCCGCACCGCCCGGCGCGCGCCUGUAGCACAGAGAUAGACCCCCGCCGGAGGAGUAUAGCCCUCCAUUUUAGAAUUCUUUGAAAGCCAAAAGGAAAAAAAAAAACAACAUGACAACAUUGGCAAUGUUUUGCCAGUGCCUUUGAUGAUUCUGAUUGAAAGUACCAAGAAAAACAGAUCCAGAUUAGACAUGGGUACCAUUCAACUGAUUGGAGGGCCUGUGAUCCAGAGAGGCCCAUUUUGUGACUAGACACAGAGCAUCAACCAGCAAGCUCAAGCAGCCAUCCAGUCAUUCCAAAUUGCUGCAGUGGGGAAAAGGGAUGACAGAAGUGCACAGAACUGUUUGGAAGACUUACCUGUGCACCGGUAGUGUAGAUGUGGACUCAUUGAAUGUGUGUACAUCUCCAUAAAUCCUACACCUCCCAAACUGCUGGAAAAGAGCUCAUUGCCAAUGCAGUCAAAAUAUUGGGUUAAUAGAGAAUUUGAGAACCUUCUUCACUUAGACGUUUGCUAUGUUUUUUGACUGAAAUGGAGGGGAAACUGAGCAUAUGGGAGAAUUUUGGCAAGAAACCCUAAACAUACUUUUGAUUUUGUUUUAUUUAUUUGAUUUUUUUUUUUCAGCCAGACGUUGACCUGGUCUUUUCAAGUGACUGGAUCUUUACAGGUAUAUUUGAUUUGUUUUAUAUGAGAACCAUUCAAAGUGUAAGAGAUAAGAAAUUCCAUUCUGACUCAUUUUACUGCACAAAGACCGUAAGGGCUGAAGGGGGCUUAUGCCUGAAGAGCAGUGAGAAAUUGGCCCAGCUGUAGUAUAAGCAAGACACUGUGAUUACCUGACGCUCUCUGUCCAUACACGGAGUGAAAAAAAAACACCAGACACGUAUGCAGCUGGGAGCCUGGUGCAUCGAAUGAGACAUUUGUCAGUUGCUGAGAAACAAGUUUGAAUCCCAGAGUUUUCCCACUGGCCGCAGCCAAAUUGCAGUGCAAGUGUUGAUGGCUGUUCUCUGAGGAAUGGGUCAAGAACCCCACAGCUUAUUUUUAGUAGUAGUGUGGGGAGGGAAAAAAAGCCACCAUCACUUGUAAACAUGUAAUUUAGUAGUAGUGUUUGAGCCUGUUUUGAUUCAGUGUUGCCUGUAAUCUAGAAACGGAUGCAGAUGCACUACUAUUGAUCCUUUAUGCUUAUACUGUUGGUUGAAUCUUCUCUAUUUCUGCUGUUUGGAUAUAUUCCUUGUAUAUCCUUCCUCUAAUCUUUAG